CCUGUUGCGGCGUCCGGCCGCGCUCCGCUGGUCGCCGCUGGCGUUGAGGGCCUGUGGGAGCCGGAGCCGAGGGAGCCUGCCUGCCAGCCAGCAGCCGAGGCAUAGUACUAUCCAUUUUGUAUUAAACAAGAAUCCUGUCAAUAUGAGCUGGGCUGUGGAGGAAUGGAAAGAAGGUCUCUCCCCCAGAGUCCUUCAGAAGAUUCAUGAGCUGGAAAGUCAAGUAGACAAGCUUAAAAAGGAGCGUCAGCAAAGACAAUUCCAGUUAGAGUCUUUGGAGGCAGCUUUGCAAAAACAGAAACAGAAGGUUGAAAAUGAAAAAAAUGAAGCUGCAACACUAAAAAGAGAGAACCAGAGCUUGAUGGAAUUGUGUGAUAGUCUUGAGAAAGCAAAGCAGAAAAUAUCACAUGAUCUUCAAGUAAAAGAAUCUCAAGUCAACAUUCAGUCAGGGCAGCUGAAUUCCAGCAAGAAAGACAUCGAAAGGCUAGAACAAGAACUGAAAAGAUACAAAUGUGAGCUUGAGAGAAGUCAGCAAACAUCGAUUACAGGAGACUUAUCAUUCAGUGGCACUCCACAGAAAAGUUUUACUGCUCCUUUAACACCAGUUCAAAGUCAUAAUGAUGCUAAGUUUGAAGAACUAGAAGAAAAAUACAAGAAAGAAGUACAAGAAAGAAAAAAGCUAGAAUUAGAACUGAGAACCAUCCAGGUUAAGAAAAUAAAUCAGCCUCAUCCUCAAAGCUCUUUGAGUCACAGGGAGAUUGCUCGGCAUCAGGCUUCCUCAUCUGUGUUUUCAUGGCAACAAGAAAAGACACCAUCUAGAAAUCAAGAAACACCUGCAAGGGGAAGUUCUACAACAUCCUCUUUUCCAUGGGAAAAAGAAACAAAUUCUACUACAAUAUCAGAGAAGAACGAGUUCGACAACAGCUUUGCUGAGAAUUGUAAUUCUUCACUCAUGAUCCAGCUAAAAGCACAGAACCAAGAGUUAAAUUCCACUCUUAAAGACCUAGAACAACAACUGCAAGCUCAAGAAAAAGUGAAGAAAUCCCAUAUGAAUAAACAUCAAGAGACUGAACUGCAGCUGGACAGAAUGAAGUUGGAAUUAACAGAGAAGGAUAAAGUUCUGAACAAAACCAGAGAUAAACUGACUCAAAUGAGAACACAACUUGAUCAAGCUACCACACAGGUCCAAAUGAUGGAGCAAAAGGUGAAAAGAUUGUCAGAAGAACUGAAUUGCCAAAGACAAAAUGCUGAGAGUGCUCGUCAGUCUUUAGAACAGAAAAUAAAGGCAAAGGAAAAGGAAUACCAACAGGAACUCUCUUGUCAGCAACGUUCCUUACAAACACUGGAUCAGCAGUGCAACCAGAUAAGAAACAAACUGAAUCAGGAGCUACAGCAAGCCAAAAAUGACUUCAAUGCUCUGCAGGCAGAAUUUGACAAAGUAAUGGCAGUGAAACAACGCUUGGAACAUGAUACCUGUGAUCUCACCCAGAAGCUGUGCAGAGCAGAGCAGGCUUUAUUAGCAGCCUGGGCUAAGGAAACUGAUUUGACAAGAAGCUUUGAGGAAGUGAAGCAGGAGAAAAACCUCCUUGACUGUAAACUUGAAAAAAAAUUGCAAGAGAUCCACCAACUUGAAGAAGAACUAAAUACGAUCAAGCAGUCUCUAAAGCAGAGCCAGAAUUUUGCAGAAGAGAUGAAAAAUAAGAAUACUUUUCAGGAAGCAGAGCUGAAGUUACUGGAAGAGAAAUUUAAAAAGCAAGAGAGCUCCCUUUUGCUGGAGAAACUGAAAAUAGCUUUAGCUGACAUGGAAAAGCAACAAGAUUCUACACAAGACCUGCUCAAGGAAAAAGAUAAUCAUAUUAAAGAACAAAACUGUAAAAUAAGUAAAAUGGAGGAAGAAUUAGAAGCUUUACAGAGGCUCCUUGGAUUCAAGCAGAGAGAAUGUGAAGAAUUGCAAAAAGAGGCUACUGCUUUUUCUCAAUGGAAAAAUGAAAAUGAUUGUCUUAUAGAUAAACUUAAGUCUGAAAAGGAAGGUAUGCUGACUCAUAUUAAUGACUUGGAGAGUUCCCUUCAAAGUCAGCAAAUCAAAAAUCAUGAGCAUAGUGAGAAACUCAGAAUGAUGGAAACUGAAAGUGACAGGAAAAGUACAGAGAUUAGAGAACUUAAAGACAUGCUGGAAUGUAGAAGUGCAGAAUUAGAAGAACAGAAAAAAGCUUUUGAUGGACUUCAGCAGAAAGCAGAAUGUUCUGAUAAAAAGUACUGUAAAGAGAUAGAAAAUAUGUCCUGUAAAAUAUUCCAGCUUACCAACCAAGUUGGUGAAGUAGAAGAAAAGUUACAGUUAGCAGCAAGUGAAGGACUGCAAAGGGAGCAAUGUUAUCAUGACCUGCUUGGUGAAUAUGAAAAAAUCUGUUGUCUUGUAAAAGCAAAAGGUACUUCAGAAAAGACAGAAGAUGAAGUUAAUUUGCAGAGUGGUCAGGGUAAAACUGUUUUAGAUAAUACGCAACUUGCAGCAAAUAACUCCAUUGCUGAGGAUCACGGAUGUGCAAGAGCUCUUCUAGAAGUAGGAAAAAGUAAGGAUCUGGCCAUUUUACAAGAUCAGAUCUCUUCUCUUGAGAUUUCCUUAGUGGCUCAAAAGCAGCUGAAUUCAAAUCAGCAGCAGCAGUAUGAAGACUUACUGCAAAGAAAGGGUGAAACAGAAGAAAGAUUAUUUAAUGUAGAACAGAUGCACGAAAGCUUCGUGACAGAAACUAAACAGCACAUUACUAACUUGCAAGCGGAUAUUUCAGCACGUCAGAAAUUAGUUGAAAAAACUUUAGCUAUUCUUGAGGAAAAGGACAUGCAACUGCAAACUCUGAAUGAAAGAUUAGAAAACCGACAAGCUGAGCUUCAGGAUUUAAAGAUCAAUAAUAAAUUGCUUGAUGAUUCAGUAAGACAGCUGAAGCUCAUGUCUGGAACAUGGGAUUCAGAGAAGAAGGACAUGUCUUCAAUGAUUUGCUCAUAUAGCAAAAAAAUUGAGGAACUUAAUGAAGAAAAUGCAACCCUUAGGGAUUUAAGCAGAGCUUUAGAGCAAGAACAAAUAACUUUACUGGAAGCAAAUAAAAAUAUUUCUGAUAGUUUAAAGGAAAGAGAAGAAAUCAUUUCUGAAAUGUCCAGAAAACACAAGGAGGAAAGACAAUGUAUUGAAUCAAGAACUGAAGAAAUCAAAACAGAGCUUAAAGUUUUGCAAGCAAAGUAUAAAUCGGUGGAAGAAGAAAAUGCAAACGUGAUGAGCAUUCUGAGAGAGCAGACAAUUGAAUUUGAGGAAAAGAAAGCAAGAUUAGAACAAGAGAAACAGGUAUUUAGUGAGAAUAAAGAUAUCUUAUGUAAACUAAUAGCCUCAGAAGAAAUAAAAAAGGAUUUGGUUCAAGAACUUCAGCAACUGCAGUCAGAAUUUUCCAGUGUCCAACAUGUGCCUUCUACGGAGCUUGACUGUUUAAGACAGGAAAUAUUCAAUGUCGGGGCAACACAAAAUACAAUGCAAGAGAAAUGUGGUAUCGUAUUUCAAGACAAGGAGCAAUUGGGGAAGGAACUAGAAACAAAAAGUGAACCUCUAAUGUGUGAUGUUAGUUGUGAAAGGAGACUCUAUUCAGAACAGUUGAGGAAGUCCAUGGAAGAAAAGGAUGCUGAGCUGAAUAAAUACCAACUUAAACUUGAGCUUCUUCAAAUGGAUUUUGAGGACAGAGAACUCUCCCUAGAGAACUACAGGUUAGAAGUGAUGCAACUGGAGACUGCUUUAAAAGGCAUGGAAGUAGAACUUGAGAAAAGUGUGAGAGAGAAAGAGAGACUGCAGCAAGAACUACUGUCUGUUAAAGAAUUGAAAACUUCAGGUUCUCCUCUUACAGUAUUAGAUGAAGAUGGCCACUCAUUGGAAUAUAAUUAUGAUAGUGUUUCCCAGAAUUGUGGCAAACGAGGAAUGGAUGAAAGUUAUUCAUCAGUCUUGCUGGCAUCCUCUUUGCAGGUAACAAUAAACAAUCUGAGCGAGCUUGAGAAAAUGUGUGAGAGGUUGCAGAGUGAGAACAUUGUAUUAGCCUCUGGAUUUAAAGACUCAAAAACCAGUGGCAUCACAGGUAUUAGUAAAGUGGCAGAGGAGAAAGAGAACAUAAUGAAUGCAGAUAAAAAUUUUAAAACAGAGAAAGCUAUUUUUCCUGAUGAACUUAUGGAUCAAAGUGAUAACAGCAAUCUGAGAAUGAAUUUUGAUAAUAAGGAAAUGUCCUUCAGACCUAACGGAUGCAGUACUGGACCCAAUUCUGACUAUGAAGAUUUACAAUUGUCCAGCAAAGAAGUUAAAAUACACUUUGCUGAAGUAAGAGAGAAGCUUUUGUCUUUCCAGAAUGAACAUAUAAAAUUAUAUGAACAACAUUGCAGUAUGAGCUCAAAGAUAUCUGAGCUACAGUCUUGUAUUGAAAUACUGAAGGCAGAAAAUUCUGCAUUGUCGACAAGUCUGAGCAAUGCUCAUAUAGAUUCUGUGAGAGCGCCGCUAUCUUCUAGCCAAAAUGACACGCUGUCUAAAUUAGAUGAAAACAAGUCCACGGUUUCUUCCUCAGAUCUUUUUGAAAGUUCCUGUUUUAUAGAAUUAAAUGAAGUGGUUGAUUCUUGUAACAGUGGUAUGUGCAAACACACAGAGGAAAUUAAUCAGCUGGACAGUUCUGCAGAAAUAAUCCCAGAAGGUGCAACAAAAGUUUUGGUUGAAAAUUGUCAUAAUGAUCACAAAUUGGACUCUGCUAGGGAGCCCAGGAGUAUUACUCCUACAAAAUCUAAUGAGAGUAGAAUUGAAGAACUUCAGAUGCUGUGUCAGACAUAUGAGAAGGCCAUCAAGGUGCUCGAAGACCAAUUUCACAUUCAAGAGAAUAUGAAAAAUGAGGAAAUACAAGAGCUGAAAAAAGUUAUACUUUCUGAAAGAAAAGAAAUAGAUCAUCUCAAACAGCAAAAUCUAUCUGACAAGGAAGAAUGGCAGCAGAAACUGAAUAACGUGACUAUGGAGAUGGAGUGCAAACUGGCAGCAGAAAGAAAACAAACUGAGAAUCUGUCCUUGGAGCUGGAAGCAGCAAGACUGCAACUACAAGUCCUUGAUUUAAGUUCUCAUUCACUGCUGUGCACGGAUAUUGAAAAUAACACUGACCAAGAAAACAAUACUCCUUAUCAAUUGGGAGGCCCUACUGAAAACUCAGCACUGAAAAGCAAUAAACCUAAACUAAUCCCCAUUGAGAAAAUGGCUGUAGGAGAUACCUCUGUGUGUGAAAAUGUAACUGAGACCGCUGAAGCAAGAUUAAUGGAAGAUUACAGUGAGAAGAUUUCUGGAGAACAUGAGUGUAGAAAUAUGUCAGGAAAAAUAACUAGCCCUUCAGACCGUGCCAGUGCAUUGUCAUUUUCCAAUAGUAGUAUGUUUUUAAGUGCAGGGGAUUUCUAUGAAAAUCAAAUAACCACUGAAAUGCUUCAGGAGGCAGCAAACCAACAGACUGCUGAAAAUUUGAAGCUGAUCUAUGAGACAGAAGAAAGCCAUAAACAUAUUGAUUUACUAAUGAAAGUUGAGCAAUUAAACUCAGAGCUGAACUUUCAGAAUGCACAAUUAACUCCGAAGAGCUCAGCUUUUGCAGAACUGGAGGAAGCUACUGUAGUUGUUACAGAAGAAAACUGUGACAUAAAGGAAAAACUGAAAUCAGUCUCUGUCAAUAAGCAGCAAUUAUCUCUUAGAGUAGUCUCAUUAGAAAAAGAACCAGAGAAUGUGAAGUCUGAGCCGGAGAUAUAUAAAGUUAGAUUGUCUAAUGCAGCAGACACAUCGGAUGAUGUAGAAAUGACGAAGAGAGAUUGUCAACAAUUUCUUGCAGCUGAAAAUGAACAGAGGAGUCCAAAAUCUGAGCAAGUUAAUACUGAGAAUCAUGCCUUGUUCAUAGAGCAUGAUAUUGAAAUGCUUCAGGCAAAAUGUCAGCAACUAGAAAAGGAGAGGGAAGUUAACCUGAAAACUAUUUCUAGCUUUCAAGAGCACCUUGUUUCAGUCACAGCUGAGAGAAACCAUAUUGGCCAAGAACUGAGUAUUUUGUCUGAAAAUAAAAAAGAACUGAAUCAGAAGUAUCAGAAGCUACAAGAGAAAUUAAAAGAGCUAGAGUCAACUAAGGUGGAUUCUACUGAAUUCAUUAGAAGGUUAGAGGGUGAGGUGAGGACACAAACAAAUCUGCUUGAGACUGCAAAAUCUGAUGUAAAUCAAUUAUCAAAUGAAAAAGAUCAUCUUCUGCAGAAGCUGCAAAGUUUGGAAAAUGAUGCCCUGUCUUUCACCUUAGAAAAAGGAAAACUCCAAAACGAAGCAGCAGAUUUGAAGAAGGAGAAGGAACUGAUUGUAAGAGAGUUGGAAAUGAUGCAGAGUAAAUUAAGUUCAUCAGAAAUGGAAAAUUCAAAGCUUUCCAGAUCUUUGGAAGGCUUGUUAAUGGAAAAAGGUGAACUUGCUGCUAGAGUCAGGUCUGCACAGAAAGAAGUAGACCAAAUGCGAUACGGAAUUGAGAAGCUGAAAGUAAAAAUUGAAUCCGAUGAGAAGAAAAAACACCACGUUGCUGAAAAGCUGAAAGAGAGUGAACGGAAAGCUGACUCUCUUCAGGAUAAAAUAGAGAGGCUUGAAAGAGAAUUGGAGAUGUCAGAGAAAAAUCUAGAAGAUGCAAUUAUUCAGUCGGAGACUGCUAAAGCAGAGGCAGAAACAUUAACAAUAGAAAUGGAACAGAUGACUGAAAAGCUGGAAUGUUUUAACUUACAAAUUGAUGUCCUCACCUCACAAAAAGAGUGUUUGGCUAAAGAUUUAAAAGAAAAGCAAGAAAGAAUCUUUGAACUAGAGUCUUCGAAUUUGACUACAGCAAAACUGUUAGAAGAAAAGGAGGAAGAAAAGAUGCAAAUCAAGGAUGAGUUCGAAAAUACUGUGGUAUUGCUGAAAUCUGAGCUCAAAGAUAUAAGUGAGAAAUUAGAGUUUUCUUGCAAGGAGGAAGCAGAUGUUAGAGCAAAAGAGCAAGUCUUGAUUAAUCAGGUGGCUCAUCUUGAGCAAGAUAAAACAAUACUAUUACAGGAAUGUCAGGAAAUAAAAAAUGAAAAUAUCAGAUUGGAUCAAACGAGGGAAGUACUUGUUCAAGAAUUGAUGGAUUGUAAACAAAAACUCAAUGAAAAGGUGCAGGAGAAUGGUGCUCUUCAAAAGCAGGUGAAAGAAACAGAGGAGCUGUCUUUACAGCUGACACACAUGCAACAUGAGCAUGAAUGUUGGCACCAGGAAAAAAAAAGGCUGCAGAAUUUGAUUGCUGAGUUGAAGCUGAAGGAGCAACAUUUUUCUGAUAAUGAGACCUUUCCAGAUAUCCUGAAUGUUCUAAAAGUGUCUUAUAAGGACCUUGAGAAGGAACUGGAAUCUACACUUUGUGAAAAGAACACUUUAUGUAAAAAGGUAAAUGAACUGACUGAAAGUCGUACUGAGCUGCAAGUCAAGCUAAGUGAGACCGAACACAAGAUUUCCAAAUUACAGGAAGAAUUUACCACAGAAAGAAACAAGCUUGCUGAAGAAAUACAACUUAUUCAAGAACAAUCAGAAAAGAACAAAAUUCAGCUGCAUCUAACUAUGUCAGAAAAAACCAAACUGACUAAGAGUUUGGAGAUGGUCCAGAAAGAACUACAAGAAAAAGAAAGUGAAAUGAAAAGAGAAAUAUCAGAAUACAAAGACAGACUACUUCAAGCAGAGAAAGAGCAUCAGGAUGCUCUGACAGAAGCGAACCGAAAGAAUGAAGCAGAAAUUGAGGCCUAUCAAGAUAAGAUGAAUUCACUGGAGCAGUUUAUCAGCUCACAAAAAUUGGAAAUUGAGCAUUUGAAGUCAAAUAAAGAAGAACUAAAUAAUUCCCUUAAAGAAGCUAAUCAAACCUGGGAACUCCUAAAAACUAAGGCUGAUAAUAUUAACGUUUUAGUUCAACUGAAGAAGGAAAAUGAAUUUGCCCACAGUAAAGUGCAGCUGUGGAUGAAAUCCUGUAAGCAGAUGGAACAGGAAAAGGAAAUGUUGCAGAAACAACUAGUUGAACGUGAUGAACUAUUAAAGAAGAAAAAUCUAACUAUGUCAAAGUAUAAGAAAGAAGGUGCUGAUGAGAAUGCCGUUACAGAAGAAAUUAAGUUAAAACUGGAAGAAUUACAGGAAUCUACAGCAGUGAAAACCAGAGAAGCAAAUGAGAACUUGGAGAAAUACUGCUCUCUAAUUGUUAAAUAUUAUAAACUAGAAGAAGCAAAUGAGAUGCUAAAAACACAAGUCAGUUUGUUGAGUGCUCAGCUGAAACAGCCAACAAGUGAUGCUGUCAGCACUCCUUUGCUGAAUUCGGAUAACUCAUUAACAGUGAGCAAUCAGUCUGUCAAAGAGAUGAGGUCAGAUGAAGAUACUACUAAGUUUUCAAGUAAAAGGCAGAGAUACGAAGACAACAGGAAAGAUAAUGGAGAAACAAGAUCCCCUGUGCCAGAGACUUCAUCCAAAAAAAAAAGGAUGGAUGAUAUCUGUCAAAAUCUGCUGGGUCAGGAGAACACAGACGGUGAGUCAGAUGGGCUUCCAGAAGUAGUGAAAAAAGGGUUUGCUGAUAUCCCCACUGGAAAGGGUAGCCCUUACAUUUUACGUAGAACAACCCUAAAUCUAAGAACCAGUCCCCAUCUGGCUUCCCCAAGUGAGAAAUUGCCUUUGGCUACACAAGAUGUACGAAAACGCGGACCAGAUAAUCUUGGUGAGCGCUCCUGUUCGACACCUGGUGGCAGCAAACCACAAAAGGUAAAUGAUGAACAGCAGCCCCAAGCAGUAACAGCUUCUCCACCAAUGAAAUCUACUUCAAGGUCACCACUUUGCCCAUAUAAGCAAUCCACAAAAACUGUCUCUGAUAAUACCAGGGAGAAUCGUAUGAUGCACAAAGCCAAAAAUUCUCUAAAUGAACAAGGACUACCUGAGCAAGAUGAGCAAAAAGAAAAUUGUAAGGUGCAGUAAAUCUGUGUGGACUUAAUCACAACUCAGAAUAACUGACGAUCAAAAACCAGUUUGUGAAUUAAAUAUCAGAACUAUAUGGAGGGCACCAUUUUCUCUUAUCCAAUGAUUAAUGAUACGUGGGUUCUGCAGAGCUUGUUCUUAAAUAUUUACUAAUACCAAUAGUCACUCAAACUUGUGGAAUGAUAAUGAAGGAAUAGAUAUAAUUGAACUUCUGUAGAAUUUUCUGUAAAUAGUUCUUCAUAAAUCUGUUAAAAAAUUAAACCAUGGAAAAAGUGGACUACAUGUUGCCAUGUAGUUCAUUGUUGCCAUUUUUUCUGUGUACCAAAGGUUGAUUUACAAAUGGAAACUAAACUCACUUAAGUAUCUCUAAAAAUAUUAGGUUCCAGGAAAAAUGAGGCAAACACUAUUGGCAAUUCAAAAUGAAGCAGUGACUUCAUUUGUAAGUGCAAAACCGAAUAUAAACCCAGAUACAAGAUGCAUCCAGUGCACAGGUCCAGUGCGUUGUGUCUUGGUAUCCCUUCUUCCAGAUGGAAUAACAUUGUGCAAAGGGGGAUGAGAUCUGAUCCGAACAAACCC